AUGCUGAGCCCCCGGAUCCGGCAGGCCCGGCGAGCCCGAUCAAAGAGUUUGGUGAUGGGUGAACAGAUUGGGCCUCCCUCCAGACCUUCCUCUCCUAACCCUCAAGAACGUGUGCUGAAGUGUGGCUGGCUGAAGAAACAGAGGAGCAUUAUGAAGAACUGGCAGCAGCGGUGGUUUGUGCUGCGUGGGGACCAGCUCUUUUAUUAUAAGGAUGAGGAAGAAACUAAACCUCAGGGUCUCAUUCUACUGCAAGGCAAUCACGUGAACGAGUUGCCACCUAAUCCUGAUGAACCAGGAAAGCAUCUUUUUGAAAUUGCCCCAGGUGGAGCAGGCGACCGGGAAAAGAUGCCUGUCAAUCAUGAAACUUUCCUGCUUAUGGCUAAUUCCCAGAAUGAAAUGGAAGAUUGGGUGAAAGCCAUCCGACGGGUUAUAUGGGCUCCAUUUGGUGGAGGGAUCUUUGGACAGCGAUUAGAGGACACCGUACAGUACGAGAGGAAGUAUGGCCAGCGCUUGGCCCCCCUGCUGGUGGAACAGUGUGUGGACUUUAUUCGGGAGCGAGGUCUUACAGAGGAGGGGCUCUUUCGGAUGCCUGGCCAAGCCAACCUUGUCAAAGAUCUGCAGGAUUCUUUUGACUGUGGAGAGAAGCCCCUCUUUGACAGCAACACGGAUGUUCACACUGUGGCGUCCCUCCUGAAGCUUUACCUCCGAGAGCUGCCAGAGCCUGUCAUCCCCUUUGCCAAAUAUGAAGACUUUCUUUCUUGUGGACAGCUACUCUCAAAAGAUGAGGGAGAGGGUACCCAGGAACUGGUUAAACAGGUGAAGAAUUUGCCCCAAGCCAACUACAACCUCCUGAAAUACAUAUGCAAGUUCCUUGAUGAAGUUCAGGCUCACUCCAGCAUUAACAAGAUGAGUGUCCAGAACCUGGCUACAGUAUUUGGACCAAAUAUAUUACGACCCAAAAUGGAAGAUCCCAUGACCAUGAUGGAAGGCACCUCCCUGGUGCAGCACCUGAUGACGGUGCUGAUAAGUGAACAGGGCCGAAUCUUUGCUGUUCCUCAGGCAGAUGUGCCAGGGAGCCAGCUGGAAAUCAGACCCGUGCGUCCACGCAACACCGUGGAGUGGAUCUCUGAGGAGGACGGGGAGGACAGGUCAGAAAGCUGCAUUCCCAGCCCUGCCGAUUCGCCCUCUGCCAAUGCUGUGGCACCAGAGGCCACCCCUGGACCCGUGGUGAAAAACACCUCUCCGGAACGCAGUGACAAAUUGACUCAGCCUGCCACCAGCCCCAGCAAAAGAGUGCAGACGCUGCCUCCCUGGAAAUACUCCUUCCGCCAGCCGGGAGCACGGUCUGUGAGUCCAAAGCUGGGCAGCUCAUCCUUAGAUAUCCCCAACCUUUCCUCCAGUGGGAACUGGCUGAUGAACGGACUGUACUCACUCCGAGGCCACCGCCGGACAGCCUCUGGGGAACAACGAGUUAAAGACUCGUGUUCUUCCCAAAGACUUUCUACUUACGACAACGUCCCUUCAUCCAGCCUCUCCCUUAGCACACACAGCACGGCCAGCACCACGUGGUCGACAUCAUCGUGUGAGAUCUCCGUGGUGGACUCGGUCAGCAGCUGCCCAGCCUGUCGGGCCAGUGACUCUUCGGCUUUAAGCUCUCUGCAGACCGAGUGGAUGACUCAGGGCUCACUGUCUCAGAGUGAGGUCAAGACUGCAGAUCUGGAGAACAGCAUCGACAGGUUUGAUGCUUGCAGCAGCAGCAGCGAACAGAGCAACCCAGCUGCAGCUUCCAGAGACUCUGUCAAAUGCUCUAGAGCCUUACAGAGCUUGGUGGUGGAGCUAAAGACAGAACUGAGCAAACAGAGGACUGAGUACGAGACCAGUAUCAAAAGAAUUGAAGAAACAAGUUCAGACCUGAGGAAGCAAGUGGUUAGGCUAGAAGAAGAACUGGACCAAGAACGAAAGAAAUACACGAUGCUGGAGAUAAAGCUGCGGAAUUCUGAACGUGCUCGUGAAGAUGCCGAGAAGAGGAAUCACCUCCUGCAGAAGGAAAUGGAAGAGUUUUUUUCAACAUUAGGAUGUUUAACUGUUGGGAGUCGAAGUGCUAAAGUCCCCAAAUAGAACGAGCUUAUGUACAGCAUAGAAAAUUCUGUUUCUGGCAAAACCAGUGAAAAGGCACAUUUUGUUAUGGUAUACUCAUGUAUCAUGAGUAAUUCUACAGUGAUUGUGCUCUCAGUGACGCUUAUUCUGUUGUUUUUACAUGUGCUGUAGUACUUGGGCAAGCUGGAGAAAGACUGCGAAACAUAAUGCUUGGAAGUUUAGCUAUCAGCUUACCCGGAAAGAGUGGGCACACUUUUUAUCCACAAGUCAAAAGGUACUGUUCUACGUAGCUGUACUGUUGCCAUCUUUGGAUUUGCUUGCAGCAUCCUUUUGCUGGUUCAAGGAGAAUGGAAAGGUGUGCAAGGUGGGUGAGGUGGCCAGAAGGGCAUUUGGGAAGAUCGCAGUUCUAGGAUGUCACCACAUUCAGUGUGGUUUAGGAUAUGGAUUUAACACGAGGCGGUUUUUUCCUCCCCACUCUCUUCAUAAAGUUUGUUCAGAUUUCUCAUUCUUGAAAAUGGCAUUAUUUUAUCAAGAUGCUUUGAAAACAAUGUCUACAGAAUAGCAGAAAAUACUGGAAAUUCUGACAAUUCACUGAAGUUAUCCCUUAGAUACUGAACAGUUCCACUGCUUCAUAAAAAUAUGACUUAUUAAAGUGUAUGUGAUUAACUAUCAGAUUAGCCACAUAAAUGCCAUGGAACUUUAAAUAUGCACAUUUGGCCCUAGUUAUCUUAUUCUUAUUUGAGCCAAAAAUAGUAUUAGCCGCAAGGAAAGAAAAAAAAAGAGCUGAUAUAUAUGAUAUAUACUGAUCAGACAUCAAGUUAAGAGAAGAAAGAUUCUUAUCAUCAAAAUACAUCCAGCUGAUGCAGGUUUUUAUAUAUGAAAUCUUAAUAGCAGAAACUAUGGUAAUUUGGUAGAAAAAACAGUAAAUUAAUGCAGUUAGUGCUGGAAAAGGGUGGGAUCUACCUUUAACCUUCACAGGACAGUUUACUUCUAGAUUGUCAUACCUCUCAUGACCCCAAUUGAUUUUUUUAUUGUUAGUUCAUGAGGAUAUGAAGGGACAGAAGGAGAACUGCAAACAACCCAGUAGCCUAAGUUCACUACUUCUGCUAAAAGAACAGACAUCAUUAGAAUGAAGUUGUAAUUCCCAGUAAUUAGCUGUCAGUGCUCACUUCCCUUCAAGGGACUUACUUGAGAAGUUCUGCAUAACAUUUGUAGUGCCCUAAGCUACGCAGAACCUGCACACAGAAAUUGUAUCACUAGAUUCAUCUCGAGCUCUGCUUGCCAGCCCCAGCACUCACCACGUUAUUUGCUCUCUUUGACAGCUGAGGCAGCUUGGGAGUCUCAAAGGAGAAGGAUUUUUAACAGAAAAGUACCACAACAUGAACUGGCUAAGGCAAAAGUACAGACCGCAGUGAAAGUGCUUGCUUUAACUAUUUUUCUUUAAAUGACCUGAAUCUGACAUCUUUUCUUACUAAAGAAGAAUAUAACUCAAGAAGAAUAUAACUCAUCUUCUGGAAAUAACCUUGGAAUGUUUUUUUUUUUUUUAAAAUACCAGCAGAUUUCACACCUUUUACUAUUGACUUUCUCCUCAUCUCACAGAUAUCCGUGUUUUAAUAGACGUUACCUUUUUCUGUCACUAUAGUGCUUCCCCUUUCUACAGAAAUGUAAACCAUUUAAAGUGAGCAAAAAGAAAACAUAUUUACCUAAUAUUUCCCAGUUAUAACUAGUCAAACAAAGUGGUCAAAUAAAACUAAGCAGUUAUUUCAAAAC